ACACUCCAAAAAUCAUCGACAUGGCCCCGAAAUCGUCGCUGAAGGUGGCUCUACAAACGUCGAUUUCAAAUCCUGGAAAAAAAACAUCGGUUUCUGCUGAUUCGCCUUUCAGGUCGACGAAGCCGAAGCCGAUACUGAUAACUGUGAAGGAGCCUGAAGUUGUUUCAGAAAAAAGUGAAGAUUCGGAUGUCGAGGAUGACGACCACCUGUAUGGUUUCUCAACAGACGAGGAUGAUUCGUCCGACGAUGAUGCAGCCGCUGGCGAAGAUAUUGAUGUUGGGAGACUACCUACUGUCGCCAAGGAUGAUGCAAUAGUAAAGAGGAAACUUGAGAAAGCGAAACGGCAUCCAACUCAAGACCGAGGUGUGAUAUACAUGGGCUGUCUACCACAUGGGUUCUACGAAGAUCAGCUGAAAGGAUAUCUCUCUCAAUUUGGGGAUGUAACAAGAUUGCGGAUCUCACGGAACAGAAAGACUGGCAGAUCAAAACACCACGGUUUUGUCGAAUUUGACUCGGCGUCCAUCGCACAAAUUGUCGCAGAGACGAUGGAUAACUACUUGUUGAUGGGCCAUAUACUUAAGUGCAAGAUGAUUCCUAAGGAGAAGGUUCACCCCGAGCUGUGGGUAGGUGCAAAUAAAAAAUGGAAGGCCAUCCCUCGAGAUCAAAUUGUGCGGAAAGAACAUAACAAGCCGCGAACUCAGGAAAGCAUACGAAAGGCCGAGAAGCGUCUGAUUCAAAGGGAAAACGAGAGGAAGCGAAAGCUAGCCGAAGUUGGCAUCACAUAUAAUUUUGAUGCUGUCAGCUAUAAAAAGAAAUUGAAAACGGUGGCGUCAUAAUCUAAAUUGACGUACAUCUCGGUGUUUCAUCUAGCGAGGAGAUAUCCUGUAGUAUUCUAUCAUCUUAUAGCUCCUGCCUAGUGCUUGAGCAAACUUCCCCAUGUCAACUCGCGGAUACUUUUUUUGAUUGUCAACUAGUUCCUAGCGGCAAGCUCAGAUAGUACGGGUUCUGCGAAGGCUGAAUGUGAUGUGCGCCCUUCUCCAGGCCAGCAGCUUUUUACUCUCCCAUGCUAGCCCCCUCAGUACGUCGGUAUCAAGGCCUGCGGGCACUUCCGGACAUGGUAGCUGGCACGGCACAUUUGCUGGUAGGUGCGAUCACAUUUCCUGAAAGCUUUUAGGAAGAAGAAAUGUUGCCAACUAGUGCUUCCGUGAAGCUUGCAGUU